AUUAUGUUUUCUUCUCUAUAUAAGAUUAUUUGCACCCAAAUAGCAUUUUGAACGACACGACACGACUCGUGUUUUCAUUUGAAAUUUUUCAAAUGUUCUGACCCAUACAUAGUAGAGAAGGAUAACCACCAACUGCAACUACCACGACAACAAGAUGGCCAAAAAGAAUGCUUCAAUCGUAAGGCUAACAAGCCUACAGUAUUUACUUGUGGGUUUGAAUCUUGCUGUAAGAUUUUAUUCCUCGUUGUAUAUGAUCAUUGGUGAUUGUGAUGAGACCUUCAACUACUGGGAACCAUUGAACUUCUUGAAUAGAAAGUUUGGUAAGCAGACGUGGGAAUAUUCACCCGAGUUUGCCAUCAGAGAUUACUUAUAUCUCUUAAUAUACUAUGUAUUAGGAUUUCCAGUUCCUGCAUUGGCCAGUUUGUUACUGUCAACUGCAGACAUUACACUUCCCCAUACUGUAUCUUAUUAUCAAUUCUACUGGUUAAGAUUCGUUGCCCUCAACGGAAUCACUUCGUAUGCCGAGAUCAAUCUCUUCAAAGUAUUGAAUGUAUAUUUUAGUCCAUCAAUUGCAAAUUGGUUUUUAUUCUUUACAUCAAUUGCACCUGGAAUGUCACAUGCGGGAGUAGCAUUAUUACCAUCAUCAUUUGCAAUGCAAUGCAACUUAUUUGCAAUUAGUGCUGGAAUCAUUGCCAUUUCUACAUCUGACAUUUCCAAAUACAUAUCAACUAUUCAUUGGUUCUUAAUUGGAGGACUUAUUGGUUGGCCAUUUGCUUUAGCUUUAGCCAUUCCCUUUGGCUUAUACACUUUGUUCAAUCGUCAACUUUGGAAAUCCAAACAGAUAUAUACCAUAAUUUUCAAAAACUUCGUAGGACUUGUCCUUAUAUCCACAUUUAGUAUCACUGUCAAUGCGUACUACUACAAGCGUGCAUUAUUUGUACCAUUGAAUAUUGUUUUAUAUAAUGUAUUUGGUGGAGAAGGUGAAGGUCCCGAGAUUUUCGGUGUUGAACCAUUCAGUUAUUACAUAUUGAAUUUACUUAUUAAUUUCAAUAUCACUGUUUUGUUAGGAUACGCUGGGGUCAUAUUCAAUCCAUUCCUCUAUUCAACAAAAACUCUACUUUUAACAUUCAUUACUUCAUUGCCUACAUUAAUAUGGACGUUAGUAUUUUUUAGUCAACCUCAUAAAGAAGAACGAUUCUUGUAUCCAAUCUAUCCAUUGAUAAGUAUCAAUGCUGCAUUUUUCACAUACAAGAUCUUUGCAUUUAUUAAUCAAGUAGUAUUGUUUGCUUACGGUAGACUGCUGCAUACAGUUCAAAGAUUUGUCACUAGAUCAAUUCAAUUUAUAUUCCUUAUAUCAGUAUUCACAGUAUCUAUAUUGAGAAUCGUUAAUUUGGUAGAGAAUUAUUCAUCACCUUUGACAGUAUUAGCUUCAAUUUCUAAAGAACCUGAAGCAUCAAAUAAUCAUGAUACAAUCUAUAACGUAUGUAUGGGUCGUGAAUGGUAUCAUUACCCCAAUUCAUUUUUCUUACCAUCUAAUUAUAGACUUAAGUUUGUUAAGAGUUCAUUUGAUGGUUUAUUACCAGGUGACUUUGGAGAAGUGGGUCCUAUCAAAGACAUUACUUCCACCAUACCUAUUGGAAUGAAUAAUAAGAAUCAAUUCGAGCCUGACAAAGUGGUAGAACUUGAAGAAUGUGAUUAUUAUAUUGAUAAUUCAGGAGUGACUAAUGGUAAUGAACCAGAAUUAAUAGUAACCGAAAAAGAUGGACUCCAAGCACACUCCGAUUGGGAAAUCAUUACUUGUGAGAAAUUGCUUAAUCCCGAUGGAAAUCAUUCAGGUUUAGCUAAAAUACUCUACAUUCCUCCAGAUAUACGAAGAUACCUUGGACAGAGAAUAGAGUACAUGGAAUUUUGUGCUUUGAAAAGGGUUAACCACCAAUAAUUUUAAUUAAUGUUUAUUAUUACUGUUUAGGGUAGUUUUAAGUCAAUUUAAAUGUAUAUAUUAUAACGGUUUGAUUGAAUGAAAUAGUGAUUCUGGGAAUAUAACAUACGUACAUAAUCUAAAGAAACUUUUAAAUAGUGAUGGGUG